AUGAAUUAUUUUUUAAUUUUAGUGUGUGCAAUUCUCUGUUAUUCAGAAAUUAUUAAUGAGAAAAUAAGUCAAUUACCAUCAGAUUAUCAACAUAAAUGGUACGGUGGCUAUUUAAAUGACAAUCAAAUCUAUUACUAAUUAAUGACAAGUCAAUCUGAACCAGAUUCUGAUCCAUUAUUUCUGUGGAUGUAAGGAGGACCAGGUUGUAGUUCAUUAUUUGGAAAUUUCUAUGAAAUUGGUCCCUUUUAAUUCAAACCAUUAAGUAAUGAAGUAUUAUUCUAAAUUAUUCUAUCUAGUCAUUCAUUAAUCCUUAUGCUUGGAAUAAGAAGGCUAAUUUACUCUUUCUUGAAUUACCUAAAGGAGUAGGGUUCUCUAAUCCAUCUAAAUAUUAAAAUGAUGCAUCUGCAGCUUAAGAUGCUCUUGAUGCUUUAUUAGACUUUUUUGUUUAAUUUCCAAAUUAUGAAAAUAGACCUUUAUAUAUUGGAGGUGAAUCUUAUGCUGGUAUGUAUAUACCAUAUCUUACAUCCUUAAUUAUUAAUUAAUCCAAAAAUACAAUCAAUCUUAAAGGAAUUCUUAUUGGAAAUGGAUGUACUUUAGGAUCUGAAUGUACAGAUUCUAAAUAAUUACCUUUAUUUACUAGUAAAUAUUAAUUCAAUAUUUAUUUUUAAAGGGGAUUUCUUAGUCUAGAAGACAAGUAAAUUUAUGAUUAUACAUAUUUAGAUAAAAUUAUGAAUAAUUAUGUUUAGAUUUUAUAUCUCCAAGAUGUAAAGAAUUAUAAAAAUAAUUANUACAUAAUCUUUAGCUUUAACUUCUAAAAAUAUAGACUUUUUAAGUGUUACACCUUUAGGAGUUAGUACAGCAAUGA